AGAGUCCCUGAAGCAAGGCACCACCAACUUCACUCUCGCCUUCAAGGGCUUUGCAACGAUCGCGUUCUAGUACCCGGUGUUUGCAUGUGUAUCUAUUGUCUGGAUGUAUGUCACUGCACGACGUCAUAGUCGCGGAAUACUGCAGUUUUGCGCGCUCUAGGUCGUCUCCUUGUCCACCCCCACGCCAAAUCGAUGAGGUUUCCACAAAGGAAGUUCGAUCUCUCAAAUGAAGAAGGCGCGCAUAUGACUCAACAGACACCUGCUACAUCUGGGUGGCCUUAAGGCUCAUUCGCAGCGUGAGUGGAAAGUGCGACCGCCUGAGUCAUCUUCACUCAUACACCAGGCAUCAAUACAUGUCUCAGCCCCAACAGCGAUGCAUCUCGGAGUAUGUUCUGCACAUAACUUAUCAGUAAGCUGUGUAGUCGUUCAUCAGCAUUGUCCGUAACCAUGGCGUCCACACUUCAAGCCCCGACACCAAUCCACCUAGACGGCACGACUCUCGAAGGUGGAGGCCAACUCCUGCGGGUAGCCCUUAGCCUCGCCAGUCUCACCAAAAAGCCAAUCCACAUCACCAAGAUCCGAGGCAAGCGGUCUGGCGGCGGAGGACUCAAAGCCCAGCAUUUGACCUGUGUGCAGUGGCUAGGCCAGGCAAGCGACGCGACCAUCAGCGGUGCCGAACUCAAGAGCAAGGAAAUCACCUUCAUCCCAUCCAAGUUCGUCGAACAGUGCAACGGCGUGCUGAGUGUUCGCGAAGUGCGGAUCAAACAGAGCACCCCCGGAAGUGUCAGCUUGGUGCUACAAGCCAUACUACCGUACAUUAUCUUCUCUGGAGUUGAAACGCCGAUACGUGUACGUAUCGAUGGAGGCACCAAUGUCUCCAACUCUCCAUCCAUCGAUUAUGUCAUUCAGGUCCUCGUGCCCAUGCUAAAGCUUAUCGGCAUACCACACAUCGACAUUCAGAUUCAUUCGCGGGGCUGGUCGCAGGGAAGCGCUGCUGUUGGCAGCGUCACAUACACAAUCUUGUCUAUGAGAGAGAGACUACCAGCGUUCCAGCUGCUCGACAGGGGAGAUGUUGUUAGUGUAAAAGCAACCAUCAUUGCACCCAAGGAUACUGAGCGGCAUUUUCGCGAAGAACUCGAUGUUAUGUUUGAGAGACGCCAAUCUCGUUUUUUCCGCUAUGCGGGCGACCACGAUGAUAGGGUUGAGACUACCUUUGAAGAUUCACACCACGACAAACGUUACUACCUCCUCCUAGUGGCUACCACGUCUACCGGCAUGAAGCUUGGUCGGGACUGGCUAUAUGAUCGUGGGGUUCGGGCUGGAAAGCUCGAGAAAAUCAUCCCUACCAUUGUGAAAAAGGUCUCUGACGAUUUACUGGCGGAGAUCGAACAUGGCGGCUGUGUAGACGAGUAUCUGCGGGACCAGUUGAUAGUGUACCAGGCACUUGCUAAUGGAAGGAGUCAGGUGUAUGGGGGAAAGGGAAAGGACGCAUCGGUGGAACCGAGUCUGCAUGCUAAGACUGCACAGUGGGUAGCAAAGGGGAUACUCGGUGUGGAAUUUGAUGGUGAAGGUGGAUGUGAAGGCGUGGGAUAUUUGCCAGGUAAUAUGAAUAUGGAAGAUAUGACAGGGGAUAAGAUUGCGGGAGUUCUGGAGAGGAUGAGGAUCUUUUCGUGAGAAAGCGUCCGUAGCACGAUUGAUAUCUCUACAGCGCAUACCUAAAAUGCUUUGCUUGCUUGUCCGUCAAGUCGCUAAACCCGUCCCGAAUGGCCUGAUCAUCUU